CAGCGUCGUACGGUGCUGUGUAUGUUUGCGGCUUUAUAUAGACCUGCAACCCAACAUCGCGAACGAAGUGAAGGAGGCGGCAGGCAACAGACAGCCCCAGAAGUGGAUAGCCCUGCAGAAUGAGCAGUCGUAUAUCGUUCCUGCAGUCUCAUCGCAGUUUGUGGAGGAGAAUCCUAGUUUCACUAUUCAUUUUAAAACAGAUUCAAUACAUAUAGCCGUCAUAGAAAUUUGUUAUUGUUCUUCCUACGAAUAGCCGCACCCACUGUGUUAUUAUCAGAAAAUUGUGAACAUGUUACGAACGGAAGUAGUAACUUCAAUCAAUCGGUAUGUUUUUAUUCAUGUGAUGAAUUUGUGCAGAGAUUGAUGUGCAGACGGAAUUGUUGAAACGAAUUCUGACGGCAAUCGACUCGCGGCUGCAUACAGCCUGCAUAAUGAUACUAGUAACAAAACGCAAGCCAUCUAUAUUAACAAUAUGGUAUAUGGGGGUCUAAAUCGUCAUUGAAUGUUGGCUUGUUUGUUAGGUCAAUUGGUGAUAAUGGAUAAGUUAACCGCGCAUGUACACUGGAAAGGCUGAGCCAAGAGACACUUGCAAAAAUAAGAAGUAGCAAGUUUAUAAAUGCUGGCGUGCGAAUUAAGAGAAAAACAGUUUUGUGUAUUCGAUAGGAAGUUAGUAAGCGGGCGUUCUGACACUGAAAGGUCAGCUUGUAGUGGCCUGUAAUGGAAAGGCUGCCCGGUAGUAGCUCUGCCCGAUGCUAUUAUAUUGCUUCGUUCGUCAUAGCUAAGAGGCUUACGGGAAGUAAUCACCUCAGUAAGCGGACAACAGCAACGACCGCACUGAUGACUUGGAAGUUGACGAGUGCACCUGAGUUUGGUACCCCCGUACGCAAGGCAACAGGGCUAUUUUUAACAGUGCAAUUUCAACUUGAGCUGAAAGAAACUGUAGAGGAGAGUACGCAAGGUGUCCCGUUAGCUGCUGCCAGGCCUGCUCAGGGGUCUGGGUUAACAGUUAGAGGGCGCAAAACGAAAAUAUAGUACCUUCCAUGUUUUGGAGACUUUCCAGAUCACCGCCUACUAUAUCAGUUGGACUGAAACAUGUCGUCUCAUGAUAAGCUGAUUAAGCCAGCUCUAAGCAACAGGAUUGAAGCCUCUUCCAUCAGGAGCCGGUAUCCAGAAAUAAUGACACAGGGCUACACGUAUCUAUAUCGAUAGUGGCGUGAAGUACAAAAGCCUCUAGUUGAUACGAUCAAAAAGACGCAGUUAAAGUGCAAAUUGGAAAUUAAGCAAGUUAGUAGGCCAGAGACCAGCAUGCGGGAACGCUAUCGAAGGUAAAAAGUGCAGUCAUUCAGGCAAAGGGGAAGGACAUUUACAUACCGACAUUCAAGAAUCUGGAAAAUAGUAUCGUUACGCUCAUUGGCAUAAAUGUCAAACAUGCAUUCGCCACUCUGAUUAGUACGAACUAAUUGCCUUAAUGGUCAUUUACCGGCCACUGUUCCCGUCUGUGGCAACACGUUGCUCUACGCUUUAAUGAGGUUUUACAGGUAUAAUGGCUAAUAUAGGUAAGAUAUCCUGUUCAGGCGUCUGUUGGUAUUCGUUUCGUCCUUGGAGGUUCUAAAACGCGAAACGCUAAAUAUGGCUCAGUCAGCUAGCCUCUACCAGGACCAUAUCCUGCAGGCAGUUCUUCAAGGCAAUUUAACCUCGGUGCCUGAUCCACCUGCCCGGAUUCUCAAGCUCGUUCUCAGCUCGUCCAAGACUGAUUUCGAGCACGAACGACGGGUGUUGCAUGAACAACUUGUGCCCGAGCUACAGAAGCACUGCGCCAGCCUCGGGAUCGAUUUCGCACUAAUGGACGUACAACAUUUCACCGAUGACUCGUGGCUCAAUCCACGCGUCGAAACGGACGUUCACCUGAGGGAAAUCGACGAAUGUCACAGCGGAUCUCUCGGAUGCUUUCUCAUUUGCCUCGUUGGGAACAAGAGUCGACCUUUGGUCUUGCCGCCUACAAUACCGGUCGCAGAUUUUUCAAACAUUCUCAUGUGCUGCCAGGACGCUGGACUAGACACAUCUGCCCUGGAAAUUUGGUACACCCUUGAUGAAAACGCAAUUCCUCCCGUGUACUGUCUCGAACCACCAAACCGAAGUUCAAAUGUGGACCAGGAUCAGGCGGAGGAAGACAGCGUAGCUAAAGUACUGGAGUAUGGGGUUCGUACGGCGCUUGAGGAUGGUUUUCUGUCCAGAGAUAACGCAAAGAAACUGCAACGCACAUGCGUCCAGAGUCAUCUUAGCCACGCACUCAAAUUGUCUAAGAGCGCUUUCCAAAGAUUGUUGUGCGUGGUUCGUCAAAUUGAGGGCGUCAACACACGCGAUUCUGCCGCAGGACGCUUCUACGAUGUAGACGAGGCGGACGCUGGAGCUUCUGGGAACGCUGAUCUCAUCUCGGACAUCAUCUUAGGCAUCGAAAAAAAGAACUGCUUUUUCUACAAUAUCUCGUGGUCUCCAUCAGGAGUGGAUCCCAAUAUGAACGAGCACGCAGUCUACCUGGAUGAUCUCUGUGGAACGCUAUCGGGCCGCCUCAAGGAUAUGGUGGCCAAAGCUGCACAUCUCGAAAGCCCUGACUGGGAUGAGCUGCCACCGACCUUCCGAAAGGUGGUCCAAGAAGUGGUUCGAGAAGCACAAACACACUUGUGCAACAGUCGUGAGCACUUGCGAGCCCUUGGGGUGUCUCAGUCGCGAGACGGAGAUUAUGGACCACUGCUGUACAUACAACGACUGAUGUGCGGCGAAGAGGAACGAGCGAGACAUUCGCCAAUAGUUGUUUGUGGAGUCGAAGGCAGCGGAAAGAGUACAUUACUUGCACAGGUACUGACGUAUUGUCCAGAAUGGCUAGGCAGCGAUGUCGUACGGGUAAUCCGCUCGGUGGCGAAAAGCCCCUGCUCGUCGUACACGGCCGAAUUGCUCCGUAAUAUGUGCCUGCACAUCUCGAUGGUGUUCGGAUUCGAGAUCAGUCCCAAGCAUCAGAGUUUUGAGCUCGGCAAGCUUUCCGUCUGGUUUCAGGACCUUUUGAAACAAGUCGAAACUACCACAAACGAUCUCGUCAUUAUUCUGGAUGAUCUUGACGAGCUCAAGUGUCCCCCGUCGUCGCAAGGCUCGCUGCUGGGCUGGCUGCCGUGGACCCUACCGCUCAAUGUGCACAUCAUCGUCUCGGUAUCGUCGGCCUCAUCGUCUAUCAUGAGCCUUCUAAAAUCGCGUAUCUCCUCAUCUGAUUCCUACGUACACAUACCUGUGCUAACGGGUCCUGCGACGAUGGCGAUGCUACAGAGUUGUCUGAAGGACAGCGCUCGGUCGCUGACGCCGGAGCAGCAACAUGCCGUUGCGACAGCCUUGGAGGCAGCGAACAACAGUUCGGCAACCGGCGUUGGAGGACCACUUUUUGUUCGACUUCUUUGCGAACGAAGCCGCCGUUGGCGUUCGUCCGAUAGCGCGGCCGGUCUACGCGUACCUGCAAACAACGAAGCGCUCGUUUUCGAGUGCCUGGACAAUCUUGAACAAAGAUAUGGACUUCAACCAGUGCGGCGAAUUUGUUCGUUCCUUGCGUGUACUAGCUACGGUUUCCGCGAACCGGAGCUUAUGGAGCUCCUGCAGACCACUGACUGCGAGCCACACCGCCUGCCACUAACCUGGAUAGCUAUUAAGAAAGAACUCGGCUCACUAUUAAAACGAUGUUACGUUGACUGUCGAUCGUACAUCCAGUGGAGUCACCGUUGCAUCAGUCAAUGUAUUAAAAAUAGAUAUCUUUCCGCCGGCACAGACCUGCGCAGCUGUCAUGCAGAGCUGGGCGCCGCUUUCCAUAUGGGGUUUCUGGCGCAAAAGGAGGAUAAAGCUGGAGUUCUCGGCAAUUUGUAUGACGAUGUGGGAAAAUCGAAACGAAGAGACGACUGGUCCGACAUUCUGCGCGAAGUCGAUGAAACCUGGAUGCAUCUUCUGCAGGGUGGUGAGAUGACGCGUUUAAAGCAUGAUGCCGUAUGUAAUUUUGAGUUUUUGCAAUGCGCCGUUAGGGGAGCCUCCGUUAGUUAUGUUCGAUCAGUUCUCGAGAUGGUGCGUUCACAGCUGCUCGAUUGGGAAAUUGAGGUCGUCUAUAACAUGACGAAACAGGCCGUUGAUGUGCUAAGUCAGGAUCCACAACAGCUGGCAACUGAAAUACUUAACUGGCUAACCCCAUAUGCAGCUGACGGCAACUUAAAGGUCCUCGAGGAUUUAGUUAACCAAGCAAAUUCGUGGUGUCAGAAGGCCAAGACGCCGCUUCUUGUUCCACAGACGACAUGGCUUAAUUUGAACCUGCCCCCGCAGGUAACUUCGUUGACGCUGCCAUCUGCAGUUCGUUUCAUGACUGUGUCCAACGAUAGCCAACGUUUGUAUGCCGUUCUGGAGGACGACGAAUGCAAUAUACAGGUCUACCGUAUAGCUACGCGUCAGAAGACCAUGUCAAUGACAGGUCAUAAGGCGCCGAUCACCUGCGUGCGUCUGACGCACUCGGGCUCGAAGCUGGUGACGGGCUCUGAGGACACGACCGUGAUUGUGUUCUGUGCUAUAACAGGCCAGUUAAUGCGACGGUUGAGCUACCACGUUGCCAGCAUCGAGUGCCUAGCGGUGACGCACGCUGAGCACCUUCUCAUUAGUGGGUCUUCCAUUGGAGUAGUUGUCGUUUCACGCCUAGAUUCUGGCCAGAUGGUCCAACGGCUUGAGAAUCAUCGCGGGAUGAUUAGCGCAGUUGCCGUCAAUCGCGGAGAUGAUGUGUUUGCCACCGCAUCAUACGACCGCACUGUUUGCAUUUGGAGCAUUGAGGAUUUCACACUAUUAAAUACGUUUACGUUGUCGGCUGCCAUCACGUUAAUGCGAAUCUCAUUCGAUUCAACGUUCCUGCUCAUGAUGUGUGAAGACAACUCUAUUCACGUUCGGUCGCUCACCACUGGCUCCGAAGUCCAUUGCCUCAUAGGAUACACGGGCGUCGCACGGAGUGUAGAUUUUGCCCGCGAUAACUGUCGCUGCAUUGUUGGCACCGACGAUGGUAAGGCCUAUAUCUUUGACGUGCACACAGGCGAGCUGACGGGAACGCUAAGCACAAGUGUCGAUAACCAGCCGACGGUUGCGCUGCAAACACAGAAGACCGAUUCGUUUCUUUUUACUGCAGCCGGUUCGAAGGUGACGGUGUGGCACUUCUAUCUUAAGCGUAGCGAACUCCGCCAUCCAGCUAGGCCGAAAAGUAAAAAGCCGGAAGGACAUAAAGACAUUGUCACCUGUGUCGCAGUUGCUCGAGACGGCAGUGUUGCCGUUACAGGUUCAAAAGGCGGCCUAUUAAAAUUGUGGGCUCUGAGCACAGGCGAACCCUCACAGGAUCUUGAGGGUCACACAUCUCCCGUCACAGUUUUACAGUUCGCGCACCAUGGGCUUUUUGUUGUGUCAGCGUCCGAAGAUGGAAUCUGCAAUGUGUGGGCUCUUUCGCUUGGACUACCCGUGUGCAGCUUCAAGGAGCACCAUAGUAAAAUAGUGAGCGUGAGCAUUACAGCGGAUAGUCGCCGCAUACUGUCUGUGGAUGCAUCAGGCGUGCACAAGGUAUGGCAGGCCGACUCUGGCAGCACUCUAACUUCGUAUAAUAAGAAACCUUUCAACCAAGUGACGCUGCACCACAAUAUCGUUUUCUCUAUCGGUGGCAAGAACGACCAACAGGUAAAGUACUGGCCACUUCAUGACGUCGACCAUGAGAAGACUGUUGGCCAUAGCGAUGUCAUCCUAUGCUAUACAGUGACAUUUGAUGGAAAGGUCCUCGUCACAGGCUCGCAGGACAAGUCGCUCAAGGUAUGGGAAGUGGCGACGACAAAGAUUACCCAAGUUUUAGUAGGACACGAAGCGCCGGUUAAUUGCGUGGCCGUCGCGCCACUCAGUAACACGAUGGCCGUAUCUGGUUCGCUCGACUGUAAUCUGAUUGUGUGGGACAUGACCACUGGGACAGAUAACUUUAUUCUCCGCGGUCAUACCGAUGCUAUUAAGGACGUCAAACUUACUCUGGACACUAGCGUUGUUAUAUCCUGUUCAGAAGAUAACACGGUACAGCUGUGGAACACAACGAACGGGCAUAGAGUAGCAUCAUUCGACCUGCACGUAUCAACGUUACGAGUGGCCACCUCUUUACAUUGCAGCAACAUUGUUGUCCAGCUAGCGUCCAGUAGCUGCGUGCCCCUGCUGCGCCUACUCAAUAACCCAGCGCAGGGCCUUUCACUCGAAACCUUCAACGCGUUUAGCCAACAGCAACUGACUAACUACCACGAGGACAAACUGGGUUUAGGCGUGACAAUGCGAGGUGUCGUGCCGAAAAGGACGCUCUUGCGAGGAGAGCUCAAGAGAGAGCAGUCCUUCGACUCUCUCUACUGGGAUCAUCACCGAUCGUCCGCACUCCUAAAUAUCAACAAACUACAACAGCAGCAAAACAUUACUUCACAGACAUCACAACACGAGGGCGGUAUCAGUCAUCUAGUUGGAAGUAGCACAAGCCCAUUAGAAGAACUAAGGCGAAAUUGCGCUUCGCCCUUCGGCAGUCGGGAACAACUCCAUCUAGCGGGUGCAUGGAACGGCGGUCCCCGGACGCCGGGUCCGCCCGCCCUUCGAGCUCAAGGUUCGCAAGAAGCAAUGAAGCCAAAAAUGUUGCCCAAACACAAGAUUCUCAAGAAACAGCAGUCAAUGUUUGCCUGCUUUCCGGAGUUUAGCCAACAGACUCCCCCGCCACUCAUAUCGCCGGUGGCUACAAAGGUCACAGCAGAACUGGCCGAUAAAAAAGCCGAGCUAUACAAACCGACAUCGCGGUCUUACCUUGCACGUGGCGACAGCCAGGAGGACAAAAAUAGUGCCGCAUCAUGCAUCAAAGAAAGCAUUCGAGAGGGCGGCGGGGAACACUCCACUGUGUCCGUCUACGAUUCGAGUGUGUGCGUGCUGAUGUAACAAACUCUAAAAACUACAGCAAUAGCAAUAUUAACUGGUGUCCUAAGUAUCCUGGAAGUAUUCGAUGUUAACAAUAAGCGCCAUAAGUAAUAAUAAUAACAAUAUACAUAAUAUUCAUCUGUAGUAAUAUAUAUAUAUAUAUAUAAUACGUUACCGCACGCAUACCGUUAAACUCGAUCGGGCGAUAAUGACAAGAUAACGAAAAAAAAAAAGAAGCAGCAGAGAACGAGUGCAAUAUACCCUAUAUCCAGAAGCCGAUUCUGCCGAAUUACUGAUUCCUUAACACUAACUUCCUGUGCACGCCAUGACAAGCAGCCUUCUCAAUAAUAGGACGCCACGAGUCGGAGUACUCUGUAAAUGGAGCAGCCGUUGGGUCACGACCAUAGACAUCUGUUCUGACCUUCGCUAUUAUCGUCUUCUGUAGAAUAUAGCUAAAUUGCUAUAUUACAAUCAAACGGUCUUAAGGCGUAAUCCGGUAUACGCAGCGGUUCUGUUGCCACCGGAAGUAACCCAGGCUUCGAUUAUAGCGCAGGUGUUACUUCUUUUUCAUCGGAGUUUGUGUGUGAUCGAUAAAAACAAUCUAAGCACGCUGUUAAUAGUUAUGCAUAGGUUAUGGUGAAACUGAUCGAAGAGCAGGUCAGAUGUAAAGUACACACAACUUACACGAUGACGUCAACAACACACACAAAAAUCGAGGACAGCAGUAAUGGAGUGGCGAGAUAGAUCGAAAACAUGCUAUGUAGUAAUCGUAACACAUAAAUGUAAACAUUUACCACUCUGUUUAGGUAGACAUCAAGUACUUUAUCAAUCGUCCCCUUUGUGUCGGUCCGUUGCUGACCGACAAAAAAGCGACAUAAAAAACCGAAUAAAUAACACGUGUGUGUGCGUGUGUUUGUACAACGAGGAUCUACCAGGUAGGUCCUCGCUGUAGAGGGUGGAAUGCGCUCAUCUCUAACGAAUCCUUUCAUUAUCGACGAAGUGCUUAUUUGGUAAUAGUGCCAGCAAUUAUGAUAUAAUUCAUAACGCAAACAGAGUUUGCGUUAACGUAACGUAACGUAGGCAACACCCCGUGCUAGAUAUGGAUAUUGUUUGUUCUCCUAUUACUUAUCAUAGACAGUAAUUGUAAUGGUAGACUGUGUGUCAGUGCGGCCUAAACGUACUUCACGGUCGACAGGAGCAACGAUAACAGUAACCAAAUAAGCAAGUUUCAAUUCAAUACUCACUGAAAAGAGCUGUCGUUGGCUUGUUGGCCAUUAUAGGGCCCGCAACGACUAAGAGACACGCACUGUUGGAGUCCUGCCGCUGACAGAGCGCCUAAUAUGUAAUAACAUGAGGUAAUUGCUAUUAUAUCAGAUAUUUUACGAAGUCUUAUUGUUAUGUCUCAUCGAUUACUAUACAAUUAUAUUAUCGUCGAUAAGUGUGUACGUUACCAACAACAACAUAUUGUAACUAGAGGAAUAUAGCUAUUACAUUGUAUAUAACGAUAUGGACGAGUGCGGCUUUCUAACUGUCCAUCAAAUAGGAAUGAAUGGUCUUCGUUGUCGUGUGCUGCUAAUAAUAGACCCCCCCCCCCCCCCCCCUAAUACGCUAUGUUAUUAUUCAUGUCGGAUGCGUAGUACUACUGACGUAGUCAAACUUCGACAAUGGGGGAUUACUGGGCCCAAAUACCGCAUACGAAGCCAUCAAUAGUCCGAACUUCAGUUCACCUAAACAAAAUGGCGGCUAAAUUAAUUAGGUAAACGUGAUUUACGUAUAACAAUAAGAAAAUGGGCAAUGAGAAGAAAACUGAACGAACUCGUAUCAGCUCCGUCGAGUUCGUUUGAACUUGAGGUUGAACCGCAUUUUGAGCGAGAACUGUGUCCGUCUCAUCCGUUUAUCGAGAUUCUCAUGUGAGAUAGACUUCAGCUCGAGCGUACAACAGCUCAAACUAAGAAUCAAUGGCAUCAACAAUAUUACGAAUAGACAGUUGGGGGACGUUUUCAAUCGAUGGCUCUGUCCACCGCUGCAAGUCAGUAGCGACUAAGCAUUACUAUGCUUUGGUAUCUGGGCCAGGAACGAUUUUCGUAGGCUUUCGCGAUACACACAAGGGCACAAGGACCUUAUUGGAGUAUCAGAUGAAAAAUAAGAGAAAAUUUUGAAUUAGUGUGUCGGAAGCCCGUUCAAUCGCGUCGUCCAACAUGCAUGUGGGCAUUCGAGAGCAGGCAUCGAAUGAUGCAUCUCAUGUUGGAGACUCUAGUGAUGCUGAUAAGCCGACCUAACUUUUCUGUGGACCUCAAUUUGUCACGUGUAGUAAAAUUAAGUUGAAAGCCAACUUUGCUAUGUAAUAGGCGCAUUGUCGGAACUGGAGUGUGAUACAUGAAAGUAUUGAUUGACCCUGUUUUACGUUUUUGAAAUGUGAACUUUUUUUAAAAUUCAACUGUAAGUACUCCUGGAACGUUUAUGUCGAUUUUCGCCGCACAUAGUAUUAGUAUCCAAAUGAAUAAACACAUUGAAAUUUAUUGUCAUCCGUAAGUAUUAAGCUGUUAGUUAGACAAUUAUACUACUGAUCAGCGUUCAGAUCAAAAUAAAGUGCAAAAAUCCAAUAACUUUAGAACAAAAAAAAUCAGCUGACAUGGAUAAAAAAAACAAAAGUAAGUGAACAGACACACAACAAUACAACGAUAAAUAGUAGUGAUAAUAACAAUGCGAACAAAAGUCACAAUAAGAUUGCUAUGUUCACACGUAUAUAGCUAUACACAGUAUGGAUAAAGCAAAAAGAAAAAAGCGUGCUGUGUUAUACCGGACAAUCCUAGUCCGAUCCGCAAUGCGGGAUAGAUAGGUUAAGGCCUGGGGGUCGUUUUUUCAGCGGAAAGUGAUGCAGAUUUGCCCCUGUUAAUUUAUGAGUAGGAAAGACAAGCGAGGCACACAGAAAACAAGCCGACAGGCAAUGCUAUAUCGUACUGUAACAGUAUUAUACCAAUCAUCAUGAAACGAUGCGGGACAAUACGUUUUCGAAAACAGUUUGAACGUCACAUUAAUAGCUAUUUGUCGUUCUGCUGUGGCGGCUACCCACGAAAAUGCUAAUCAGCAAACGUUGUUUUAGCUAUAUCUUUUGUUGUAUUUUUUUGUUAAUAAAAAUCAUAGUUACUAUUAUAUAAUUCUAAGAUGAUUUUACGGAUCCUGCCUCACGAUUUACAUGACAAGCCCGACAUAAGCCAGAUAAAUAUACCACCAACGCACACAUAUUGAUCAAAUAUACAAAUCAAGUACCCGCUCAUUCCAAACCCAGAAUGUGUCGACGGCGUAAUGGCAGCCGACUAGUGUAAUAGCCAGAAUACAAACAGUAAUAAUAAACAGUCUGUAUCUUUAUGCAUAAUCGUACACCUAUAUGUAGAGAUGCUGCGGGCAUUACGCUUACAGGCCUAUUUAGUAGAAGGCACUGGAAAGUACGAGCGAAAAAGAGAACAACCUAACGAAAACAAGUGAAGUCCUGUCUCUGUCUGAAAUAGAAGAUGUAGGGCCUGGCGCGGACUUUGUGAACGAUAGUCCGCUUUUACUAAAGUUUGUUUCCUAAUAGUCCUAGCGAAACUGUAGCAACGAUGACCACGAAACGUAAUUUGGUAAUAUCGAAUGCGUAGAAAAUCAUUUGUAGGAUUAGGACAGUGGGCAAUCACGACAAGAAUUACCGUAGCUGCUAAAAGUAAACGAUAGAUCGCUCAGUGUUUUGAGCUGAUUCGUAACGUUUCAUUCAAAGCCGCUUUUCUGUCACUCUCAAUUUUUCUGAGUCACCGUGAACAUACGAUACUGAACUUCGCAAUAAGUUAAGUACAUGGCUUGAUCAAGCAGUUACGUACGUCGCCGCCGUUCAUUGACCCCCUAAGCGACGCAUCUUUUUGCUUGCUUGCUUGCUUGCAAAUAUUGAAAUGGUCGGCGUCAGCUCAAAAAAUGUACGGCUGCUAAAAGCAGCUAUGAGAGAAACCCGUAAGAAGAACAUCGUACAAGCUGACAGCCGACCGGAACUUGAGAUAAGAGGACAAUGAAAUCUGAAAUGCGUUUAUUAGCGAAGUCAAACAAACGACGACACCGACAUCCUUAGUUAUUAGUCAGAAUAUAACAACACCUUGGACAUUUGUGCCUGGGCGUAAAAGUUGUUGGCCAGCCCCUUCUUCUGGCACUAGAGCUAGAGUUUAAAUAGAUCAUAGAACAGCGUGAAAAUUCUGUGCAUAUAUAGAGGGAGCAAGACGAAACAACUGUAUCGCACUAGCUAACUCCUAAGUAAAACGGAAAGGUGAAACGGUCGCUAGAGCACGAACUUGCCAAAACGAAAGAUAGAAUUGGGCGUAAUCAACUCAGACCAAACGAUAGAACUCAAAGAAGAGAAAAAUAAAGAAAAAAUCUUGCUCGGACCAUUUGAGACCCACUAACAUGUGUUAAUGUUCAAUAAAAAUAUGCGCAAUUAAGUUGAAGUAGUCUGCUAAUUUUUCUAUUGAAUAGUUGUAGCUGGAAAUCGAACAGGAUACAGGCUUAGAAAUUAACAUGAAUGAUAAUAUCUAAUUCUUUACGUAUGUACCAUCGCUGGUAAUAUUUGCCUGUUGGCCCGAUUACGGGAUCUGUUUUUCUGUCGCGCAUCUAUUGGUCCUCUGCCGAAAGCCGACUGGAUUCAUCAUGUUAUUUGAAGCCGGACAACUUAUCCAAAACGCCCCUUUACUCAGAAGGCCCCUUUGCAUAUACAUACCAGAAUAUAACAACUUCUUUUUUUUAAUAAUAAUAAUAAUUUUUAAGGCCAGGAGGUUUACCCGACGAGCAUUAGUUCGAACGCGUUUACUAGCAACUAAAGAGUUUUAAAGUGAUAAACACAACGUUGAAAGUUUGCUUGCUUACUUAUCUGAAAUCUAUCAGUCCUUCGCUAACUAAGUAAUUUACAGAUACCGAUACCUAUGGAAAAUUAUAUAGACAUCAUAUAAAUAAAGCAGAGAAAGGGACAGGUGAUUCUUUUUACGUAAUAUUUAAUUCUUUGUUUAUUCGAAUUUGAUUUUAUGACAAUAAAAAUGAUAACUAUUGUUGUUGGCCUGAAUUGCACUGUUUGUAAAGUCAUUUAAAAGCGGCUGCUGCCACGGUUUCCUGUUGUUGUUGUUCAUCCCCUCUCCUCUCUCUUAAUUGGAGUGGUCGUGACGUCCUAUUGUCCUAGUUUGUAGAAUACAAACAAUUGUCAUUUUUGUUUUUUCUUCACUUUUUUCCCGCUUUUACAUCGGCACUUCGUUGCUUGGUCUGCUAUACCCAUGUCAUUUUUGAGCCGCGCGCACACACACAAUUAACACUUAGUGUUUAUACUAGUGAUAAGCUAGAACUAAUAACAAUUUUUUAUUACUGUAGAACUCGACGUAAAACUAUCGACAUACGAUCAAAACCAUUCUUACGAUUUGUUUAGGCUUCACUCUCUCAUAAUAAUAAUAAUAAUAACUCGUUCUAGAAACCAGAGUGCAUACGAAUUCACGGCUUUCAUGUCACCAUUAUACUAUUAAGCAAUUGAACGCCUUUUUUUUAACUGAACACGGCUCUUCUUCAAGGUUAUCUCGUUGCUUUUGCGUGUUACGUUACAUUUUGCCGUGUUUGCGUAAGUUAAACGGGUAGCUCCGUUUCUAAUCUCUCAAUCCAGUUCCUAGCACUCGCUCACAAUCUUUCGUCCACUUAAAAACAAGAUGAGUCGUAAUAAUAGUAGAAACUAAACAAUAACGAUUGGUGUGAAAUCUUGUUAAGGUAGUCGAACAUGAAUCUGUUUCACAGCUUCAAAUAUAAACAUUGAAAUAAUAGAUCUCUCUCUAGUGCACGUACUAAGGAGAUGAGGGAGAAGCAAUUUUAUGCUGUCAUCGUGAAGCAUAUCAUCAACCGUUUCAUUAUCCUCAUCUUCGGGUUUAAUCAUAACACUGGUAUUCAGUUUUUCCUUUGUUACAACUCAAUCAUAAGAAGCACGAAUGCUUGAUAACAAUGAGAAUAUGGCCACGUACUCGUUCGUUCGUUUGUUUGUUUGUUUGUUUGUCUGUCUGCUUCCUUCUAUUUUACUUAUAUAUAUAUAUAUAUAUAUAUAUAUAUAUAAGUAAAGCUAAUUAUUAUUACAUAUAAGCAAGUUACCGUGUCGCGCGAAUCCACUAUUUUCGGCCGCAUCAAUUUUCUGAAUUUCAAUAUUCGACACCUAGCACAUGCUAGCCAUCUUCUAUUAUGUGCUAUAUAUCACUGCAUCGUUAGCUCUGUUCUUUUUUCAUUUAUGACUGUUAACUCUCGUACACUUGCUGUACCUGCCGAAUUCUUGCCUGUUGUCCUCUCAGCUCAGGUAAGAAGCAUUAGCCACUAGUGGGCUUGCACAUUUGUCUGACUUUCAUAUCUAUCUUAUUUUUAAAAACGCUUAAAGUAGCUAGUUAACCCGUUUGCUUUCGUUUUU